CUCCUGUUUUACCCGAACUGUAAUGCAGACGGACCCAGGACAGCACAUUGUAGUGGAUUCGGUUCCAGAUGAUGAUGGCUGGAGAUGCUUCAGAGUCUGAAAGAGAAACUGGCGUUGUAUUGGGGUUUUUAGAGGAGGCAGAGCCUUGGCAGCUGCUCAGUGCCCAGUUUCCUAGUAAAGUCGGGGGGAAGCCCGCAUGGUUGAGCCGGCUGGGUCUGCCAGAGCUCCCCGAGUUACUGUGUGAGAAAUGCCAGCUCCCUCUCGGGUUCCUCUUACAGGUAUAUGCUCCGAUUGUGGGCUUCGAGCGAAGUUUUCACCGCACACUGUACGUGUUAUGCUGCAGGACACCGGCCUGUUACACCCGGAACGACAACCGAUGUUUUAAAGUAUACAGAAGUCAGUUACCAAGGAAAAAUGACUUUUACCCCUAUGAUCCACCGCGCGAUGAGGAGCCAGCUGAUAGUGGGGAUGAACAUCGCCUGCUGAGCUCUGGUGUUAAACUGUGUUGGCUUUGUGGCUGUCCUGGACAGAAAGGUUGUUCCCGCUGUCAUUCAGUUACCUACUGCAGCAAAGAGCACCAGACCAUAGACUGGAAACAGCGCCACAAGAAUGAGUGCUCCGCUGAGGCUUCCUCUUCUUCAGAGGUACCGAAUUCAUUUCUAUUUCCUGAAUGGGAGCUGGUUACAGAGCCUGAGACACAUCCAGUAAAGGGUGAAGAGUCACUUGACUCAAAAUGUUUAGAACAAGUGGAUUGUGCUUCUUCAGAACUGGAAGAGAAGGAACUGGAAAGCAUGGCCCACCAUGAAAGCCAGGACAGUAAAGUGUUUCAGAAGUUUAAGAAGCGCAUAGCUCCAGAGCCAGAGCAGGUCUUGCGGUAUUGCCGAGGAGGGGCUCCACUUUGGGUGUCAUCUGAGCAUGUGGCCAGUACAGCAGAUGUACCAAAAUGCCCAUGUGGUGCCAACAGAAACUUUGAAUUUCAGAUCAUGCCUCAGUUGCUGAAUUACCUAAAGGUGGACAGACCAGAUGCAAGCAUUGACUGGGGAAUGCUAGCCAUCUACACAUGUACUGACAGCUGUGACCAGGGCAACAAAUACUCCUUAGAGUUUAUUUGGAAACAAGACUUUUCGGAGGAUCAGCCUUGUUAACUUUACACUGCUAGAAUGAUGAUUAAAAAAAAACAAAAACAAA